CAGAACAUCCUCUGUUUCUUUUGUUAUUGUUUCUUUUUCCAGAUCUUAGGCUCUCCGCAUUUCCUCAUCUGGGUCAUCUCCAAAAUGAUUUGAAGAUCACCCAACUCCUAUUUGAUCGAGACAAGGAUUGGAUUCUGUCUAGAUUUUCAGACACAAAAGAAAAAAAGAAAAGGGAGAUGGAAUCGGAUCUGGGUAAGCUCUUCGUCGGUGGGAUUUCGUGGGAUACAGACGAAGAACGACUAAGAGGGUACUUCAGCAAGUACGGAGAAGUGGUUGAAGCUGUGAUCAUGAGAGAUCGUGCCACGGGACGAGCCCGUGGCUUCGGAUUCAUCGUCUUCGCAGAUCCUUGUGUUGCAGAGAGAGUGAUCAUGGAGAAACACAUGAUCGAUGGUCGCACGGUCGAGGCCAAGAAAGCGGUUCCACGGGAUGACCAACAAGGCCUGAAACAGCACGCAAGUCCCGUACACCAUAUGUCACCACCAGGACAUGGCGGUGGCCGGACAAAAAAGAUCUUUGUCGGAGGUUUACCUUCGAGCAUUACGGAGGCCGAGUUCAAGAACUACUUUAAUCAGUUCGGUUCGAUCUCUGACGUUGUGGUGAUGUAUGAUCACAAUACUCAGAGGCCACGAGGCUUUGGAUUCAUCACUUACGAUUCCGAGGAUUCCGUCGAUAGAGUUCUCCACAAAACUUUUCACGAACUCAACGGGAAAAUGGUCGAGGUGAAAAGGGCGGUGCCGAAAGAGCUGUCUCCAUCCCCAGCUCCUUCUAACCGAAGCCCUGUUCUUGGAUACGGUAACUAUGGCGGUCCGAAUAGGGCUUCUGCUAAUAUCUACUUGAAUAGUUUUUCUCCUGGUUACAAUGUGAAUUCGGUUGGUCGGUUUAGUCCUAUUGGUAGCGGUAGAACUGCGUUUUCUGGUUUUGGGCUCGAUAUGAACCUUGAUCUGAGUUUGAAUCAUCCAAGCUAUGAUGGAACAACUCCCACAUUUGGAAACAGUCCCGGAUAUGGCCGGAUUCUGAGCAACCCUUACUACAAUGGUGCUGCCUCGCCUAACCGUUACAACACUCCAAUCGGAUAUAACAGAAUCGACCCUCCUGCUUAUAGCUCGGGGAAUAGAGACUUGUGGGCAAAUAGAACUGACUCUACUGCCUCGGGUGGCUCAGGAUGGAGCCUCGGUGGUGUUUCCAUUGGAAACAACAGAGGGAGCUGGGGACUUUCAUCUGUUCCCAACGGUAAUAACGGGCAUCCGAGAAAUUUCGGGACGGGUUCUGGACUUUCGGUGUCUUCGUUCUCAGGAACAAACGGUCUCGAGGGUUCCAUAGGAGAACUGUAUAGAGGCGGCUCAGUUUACAACGAUCCGACAUGGCAGCAACCACCACUUCCUCCUCAGUCUUCUGACGAGCUAGACGGCUUGUCUUCUCGUCCUUUCAGCUACACUAUUGGCAAUGUAGGCUUAGACCCAUCUUCCAAUGGCUCAGAAGGUUACACUGGAAGUUACAGCGUUGGAGAUAGACAAACACAUAGAGGAAUCGCGACAUAGGUGAUAAAAAAGAAACUGAUUAUCAAAUGGCGAUGAGAUCUGAAGAUGAGCAGCCAUUGCCAUUGCAGCCUUUAAGGAGUUCUUCGUAAGUUCUGCGGAAUUCUGUUUUUUUUUUCUUCUUUCAUUAGCACAAACAAAAGACAGGUUUUUUAGAUCUUUGUUUCUCGGAGAAACAUCAAGAAUAGAUCUUAGCGAGAUAAAAAAAAAAAAAAAACACUACAGUGUGGAUGAUUGGUGAAGAUUUUGUUCAUCAGCAGCUUCUUUACAAUAACCAGAUGGUAGAAUCUCGAUCCAUUCUCUUUCGGAUACCUUUUUUUUUUCCUUGAAUCGAUUGAAAUUAUCCAGAUUGAGAUUCAUGAUGUUGUUGUCAUGUGUAUUCUGUUUUUUUUUUUUAAUUUCACAAAAAAAAUUCUCUUUUGAUAAGUUGAAUGGUUCAUGAGGAAAGAAUUUGAA